GUUACAGAGCACGGCGUUGGAACUUGGGAACAGCUGUGAGGAGGCGGCUGGCGGGGUGUGGCACCGCUGUAGGUACGUUGGGGGCGGACGCGAGCCCUGGGGGUGCAGCGUUUGGACGACCCAGCUGUUUCUCUGAGGCCGGGAGCAUCUCUGAGGCCCGGCCGAGGACCCCUCGGCGGCGCGCCGCGCCUGCUGAGGAUAUGAAAGAUGGCAAGUCCAGAUAGAAGUAAACGGAAGAUAUUAAAAGCAAAAAAAACAAUGCCUGCCAGUUGCCGGAAGCAAAUAGAGAUCCUCAAUAAGUCAAAGAAUGUUGAAGCACUGAAAACAGCAGCAAUUGGAAAUAAUGUGUCAAGUGAUAAUCAGAAUUCAAGUAUUGGUGUCAUAAAUAACAAGUGUAGACAUUCUGAAAAUGAUGCUCCUUCUUUGGACUCUACCAAAAAUUCAAUAUGCUCGCAAAAAAGUAAUAUAGUUUCUCAGAAUGUAAUAAAACCACUAGAAUUUGGUUUGGAAACGAGAUUGCAAUACAUUGAAGAACAAGUUGUAUGCCUUUACCAAAAGCCAAGUAAACCAAUAGAAUCUCCCAGGAAACUGUCUACACAAGAUGCAAAAGAUUCACAAAACACUUCUGAAAACCAUUUUGAAUAUCAGGCAAAUGUAACAAGAUCCGUUUUUGAACAACACAAAGUGGAUUGUAAUCUGAAAUCCACUAGUGAUCCACACAGUGUAUUGAGUGGUAUAGUUCAAAUGCCAGAGUCUACAGUAAUCAAUUCCUUGGAUGAUAAGAGAAUUGAUAAGAUGGUUUCCCAAUUAGAAACACAUUAUAAAAGGCAAAAUAACAUUUUGACUUUAAGUUCAGACACCCGUUUUGUCCCUGUUGAUAAAACACGUAUGGUGGUGAAUUCAAUCAUUUCUAGUAACUGUAUUGCUGACAGUUUGAAAGGUGAAGAAUCCUGUAGAGCCUGUCAUUCCAGCAUUUCAGAUUGUGAAAAUACAGACUCAACAUGGCUGUCAUCACUUGACACAGAUAGGAGUAACAGCCAUAAUCAAAAGAAGAGGAUGUUUUCAGAAAACAAAGAAAAUGUUAAGCGCAUGAAAACUUCAGAGCAAAUUAAUGAAAAUAUUUGUGUAGCUCUGGAAAAGCAAACAGCAUUGGUGGAACAGGUCAGACAUUUGAUUCAACAGGAGAUCUGUAGUAUAAAUUACAAACUAUUUGAUAACAAACUGAGAGAAUUGACCGAACGCAUUGGGAAGAUACAGUGCAGGAAUAAACAUGAAGCAAUAGCUGAUGAACUCAUCGCAAGAGUAGCAAAACUUCAAAGGCGUAUUAAAAAGAUAUUGUUAUCUCAAAGGAGUUGUUUGGAUCCAAACAUGUUACCCAGUAAUACAGACUGUAAGGUUGCAAAUUCAGAGACUUUAAAUUUGGAUAAGAACCCAGAGUCCAUUAAUAGUCCAGAUGAAAGAAAGACUUCUCUGAACUCUGCACCUUCUAACCCUUCUGAAAAAGCAAGUGAAAAGAUUGAUUUGUCACAGGAUCAUGAUGAGGCUGUUUCUGAAAGUAACGAUGAUGUUAUGUUGAUUUCUGUGGAAAGCCCUAGUUUGAAAACACCAGUCACAUCAAAUCUAACAGGCUCUGGAAAAGUUACAUCAGGAAAUUCUAAUAAUUUACCUAAUGCUGAUACUGAAGUUAUUAUGGCUAUAGAGAAAAAGAAACUUGGUUCUGUGAUUGAUCUGACAAAAGAAGGCCUAUCAAACUGCAACACAGAAAAUCCAGUAUCCAUGCUGGAGUCAUCUAUGAAAUCUGUUUCAAUCUCAAAAGAGACAACCCCAGUGACACAAAAUGCAGCCCAGGUUCUUGAGUCUUUUGAGCAUCUGCCACCUCUCCCAGCACCACCACCCCUACUGCCUGAACUGAUAGAAAAAAUUCGAGACACACUGCCUCCCCAGAAGCCUGAGCUCAAAGUGAAACGGGUGCUGAGACCCAAGGGCAUUGCCCUGACUUGGAACAUCACCAAAAUCAAUCCCAAGUGUGCUCCAGUGGAAAGCUACCACCUUUUCCUGUGCCACGAGAACCCUACUAAUAAGUUGAUUUGGAAGAAAAUUGGAGAAAUUAAAGCUUUACCACUCCCAAUGGCCUGUACUUUAUCACAAUUUUUAGCUUCCAACAAAUAUUAUUUUACUGUCCAGUCAAAAGACAUUUUUGGACGAUAUGGACCAUUUUGUGAUAUAAAAUCCAUCCCUGGGUUUUCUGAAACUCUUACCUAAAAGAACAAACUUCAUUAAUUAUAUAUUGUACUACAUUUUGUUUUGUUUUAUAUUUGUUUGUUUACAAUAUUAUUCUAACACUAUUCGCUAUCUUACAGGGCCAAUUAAGAUUGUGAACCCUUUAUAUAGGGACAGUCAUCUUCCCUAUGUUAUGGUGGUCUCUAUUGUCAUGAAUUUCUUACUCAAUAAGUACUUCCCAUGGAUAUAUUCCAAAACAUGCACUAUCUUGGAUCCAUGUUGGUGAGCUGUAUUGUGUACAAUACUUUUGAUCACUGUGGAGCUGCUGCUGCUAUCAGAAGCCUUAGAAUACAGGCAGCCACCUUCUUUUCUAGUAACAGUCAACUUUUGAUGAUCUGCUUGUUGUCACUAUAAGUGCAGGAAAAAUCAGCUCUUCACUGAGGACAAAUCAUCCCUGGGGUUCGUCUCCAAGAUUUUAUGGAAAUAAACGUCUUCCUGUUCUGUUGAAAUUCUAAGGGCUAUUUGUGCCCCUACCUCCUCUUUUGUUGUUGCUAUGUCAAUCAUUUGGAGAAAAGCUUGGAAGUUUUCCCUAAAUCCAUUUCUAUUCUUAUAUAUAAAAUAAAAUUAGUUAAGCAUUGUGUGCUUUGUACAUAAAACACACAUUCUCUUUUAUAAAAAGCAUUAUCUAACCUGCUAUUUCAGUUGAGGAAAAUGGAAUUAUCUGCCUUAGAUUUAAGGCUUUAAUUUGCUAAUUCCCUAAUGCUACCCCUCGCUCAUUUUCUGGCUGCUAUUAUUAGUUGAAGGAAGAACAUAACAUUAAAUGACUCCAAUAGAUGUGUACUGUGCAUACCCCUACCUGAAGGAGCACUGAGGUGAAGCUAUGGCUAGCACAAGCAGCCCAUCGAACUCAACAAGUGAACAAACUUGAUAAGUAUAGUAAGUCAGGGCCCAAUUGGACAAAUCUGGGAUGCUGAAAAAACAAAACUGUGAAAGAUAGUCUAUUCAAAAAAGGUACUCUUUCAUUUACAUGGUGAAAGUAUAGGCCUCAGAGGUGCUGAGCUUUUUUUUUUUUAAAUGAACAGGAAAUAGUUUUCCUUGGCAUUUUAUAAAUGCCUUAACAUCUUCAGUCAUAAAUAAAGCUGUUACUUUUCA